GUCGCGACAGGUGCAAUUCUCAACAGCUAGCUUAGCUAGAUUGUAUAUACGAGGUCGCACGUUGAUGUCGGUCUGUCCGAAGGAACGGUGAUUUGAAAAUCGCUAUAUUUACACGACGAUUCUUGGAACGGAUCAAAAAAAAUUGUAUUCUCACAACAGCAGCUUAUACCGAUCGACUUUACGGCAGAACUGUAACGAUUGGGAAAAUGGCUGUACCAUCAGAGAACGUUAUGAAUACAAACCUCGACGAUCCUGUAACAAAGGCAGUGGUCGAUAAUAUAAUGGGUAACCUGCCUACAAAAAAACCUCUCGUUCGAUGCGAAGACUGUGACCUUUCCUUUACAAGUCAGGCAGUAUUAGAUACACACUUACAGGGUGCACGUCAUGCCAAACAAGUAAGAUCUAAGAAUAUAAUGGCAACUCUUGAGGAAACAAAGAUCUCAUUUACCAAGGAUGAAGAGACAAAUGGACUCAAAUGCAAUGUAUGUAACGUGUGCCUGAAUUCAAUUCAGCAAUUACAAACGCAUCUCAAUGGAAGCCGCCAUAAAAAAAAAUUAAUGAGAGGUGAAUGGGAUGGGAAAGAGUCCCAAGGUCCUCCAUUGAAGUCGCCUACUGGUACUAAAUUGUCUGUUGCCAGGAAAAAUGACUACCUUAAAUGCGAUAUAUGUAACAAAUUCUUCAACUCUGGAUCUCAAUAUAGUGUGCAUAUGAAUUCGGAGAAACAUGCUGACAAAGUGAGGAGAUCUUUUAAAGAUCCGAAUAAAUCCAAAGCAUUUGUUCCAUAUUGGAGAAGACCAAAACACCCAAGAAAUACGACUCCCAAGCAACAGAUACCAUCUCUGUCACUCAGCUUUGUAUCUGGCAAUUUUACAUAUCCGCAAUAA